AAGCACCCAAAGGACCACAUGAAUCACAUGAAACAGAAGGACCGAAAGGACCACAUGGACCACGUGAAACGGAAAGACCGAAAGGACCACAUGGACCACAUGAAACAGAAGGACCCAAAGGGCCACAUGAACCACAUGAAACAGAAGGACCCAAAGGACCACAUGGACCACAUGAAACAGAAGGACCGAAAGGACCACAUGGCCCACGUGAAACAGAAGGACCGAAGGGACCUCAUGGACCAGAACAAACGCAGGGACCCAAAGGACCACAUGGGCCACGUGAAACGGAAGGACCCAAAGGACCACAUGGACCACAUGAAACAGAAGGACCGAAAGGACCACAUGGACCACGUGAAACAGAAGGACCGAAGGGACCUCAUGGACCACAAGAAACGCAAGGACCGAAAGGACCACAUGGACCACUUUGUGCAGAUAUGCGGCGUUGUGGUGCUGAUGACUCAAAUCAAGAAAAUGUUAUUGAUCCUAAUGAAGUUACAUUUGUCUAUGGUAAAGCGUCUUGUAUGCGCGCAAAUAAGGCCCAACAUUUGCUUCAAGACAACAACAUUAAGUUUUGGGGUAAUAAUAUUUCGUCUGGAAAUUCAUCCGAUCUCAAUGUGGCAGAACAUACGGGAACAAUAAUCAAAGAUGAAAUCGAAAAAAGUGAUAUCCUAAAUUGGUAA